CCUUUCUCAUUGGGUGGGAGCUUGCAAGAGUCGCGCGUGGAAGCGGCGCGUGUGUCGUGCACGCGCGUGGGGAGCCUCCAGUGACUGGUGGAGGUAACAGUUGGCCUCGCUCUCAUGGACCGGGGGAGUGGGGAGAGGCGGCGGUUUAGAAUUCCUUUUCCCGUUUUGAAUAAGGAACAAAAAUACGAUUUUUUUUCUGUUGAAAAAAUUUCAGAGAGAGUGGUGAAUGCCACCCCAAAAUGACUGCCUUGGGAGGUGAACCCAAACACAAUACCGUCAUCCUUGUUUGCAAAAGAAUUGCAGAAGGGUGUCAAUUACAAUGAGCAAACGUAAGUUGAAGGAAGACAACUUUACUAAUGGUGAAUGUAUAUCAAAGGUACAUCGGAUACUUCGUGAAAGAUUUCGUCAUCCAGGAUCAAGUGCAAAGUUGUUUGGAAUUGAGCUUCAGUACAAGCAUUUAGCUGAGCUGUUAAAACGUACUGCUAUCCAUGGUGAAAGCAACUCUGCACUCAUUAUUGGACCUCGAGGCUCAGGAAAAACUCUGUUAAUAAGUUACACCCUAAAAAAACUCAUGGAAUUAAAGCAAGUGAGGGAUAACAUCUUAUGUGUUCAUUUAAAUGGACUGUUACAGACCAAUGAUAAAAUUGCCCUCAAGGAGAUUACAAGACAGCUAGAUCUGGAAAAUGUAGUUGGAGACAAAGUUUUUGGUAGUUUUGCAGAAAAUCUUGCAUUUCUUCUUGAAGCAUUAAAGAGAGGUGACCGUGCUCACAGUUGUCCAGUGCUGUUCAUUCUGGAGGAAUUUGAUCUCUUUGUACAUCAUAAGAACCAGACUUUACUGUAUAACCUCUUUGAUAUAUCCCAAUCUGCACAGACACCUAUAGCUGUUAUUGGUCUGACUUGUAGACUGGAUAUUCUAGAACUCAUGGAGAAGAGAGUGAAGUCAAGAUUUUCCCACCGACAGAUAUAUUUAAUGAAUUCUUUUGAUUUUAAAAAAUACGUUAACUUUUGUAAAGAACAGCUAUCCUUGCCUCCAGAAUUUGCCGAAAAAAACUUUGCUCAAAAAUGGAAUAAGAAUGUGCAGCAUCUUUUUGAAGACAAAAUCAUGCAAGAUGUACUGCAAGAUCAAUUCCAUUAUAGCAAAGAUCUGCGAUCUCUCUACAUGCUGCUGAUGCUUGCUUUAAGUAGUGUAACUUCAUCACAUCCAUACAUAAGUACAUCAGACAUUCUUGAAGCAAGUAAACUGUGUAGAGUGGACUCAAAAGCAAACAUUGUACAUGGUCUGUCUGUGUUGGAGUUCUGCCUCAUAAUAGCUAUGAAACACUUAAAUGAUAUUUAUGAUGGAGAGCCUUUCAACUUCCAGAUGGUUUAUAAUGAGUAUCAGAAGUUUGUUCAGAGGAAGGCACAUACUGUCUACAGCUUUGAGAAACCUGUAGUUAUGAAGGCUUUUGAACAUUUGCAGCAGCUUGAGUUAAUAAAGCCUGUGGAAGGGAUUUCGACAUGUGCACAGAAAGAAUACUUGCUCAUGAAACUGCUUUUGGAUAAUAGCCAGAUAAUGGAUGCUGUGCAGGUCUACCCAAACUGCCCAACCGAUGUCAAACAAUGGGCUACAUCUUCACUAAACUGAGAGGGCUGCACAUCAGCUCUACCAAUGAAAAGCAAUUACUUCAGCUAUGGGAUGUGUUAUGUUAAAACAAGUGUGGUAUCUGUAUUUUUUAACAAAGUUUUUCAAAAAAGUAAAUAAAUGCCAGUCUCAAAGCUACAAUAUUCA